AUGGCCCCUCAACUCCACCGUAACCCUCCUUUCCGUGCCGAGCACCUCGGCUCUCUCCUCCGGACGGAGGAGCUCCUCAAGACCAAGACCGCUUUCGAGAAUGGCGAGGUUUCUGAAGCUCAGCUCGAUGCUAUCGAGAACAAGGAUGUGAAGGAGGUCGCGGAGACCCAGAAGAAGUUGGGUUAUGCCGCCAUCUCCGACGGAGAGUACCGCCGUCACAUGUUCUGGGGUUCCUUCUUCCCUGGACUUGAGGGAUUCGAGGAGGUCAGUGAUGUCGAUGCUGAUGUCUUCCGCCCCUACGCCCCCGAUGUUGCCGCGUUCCUCGAGGCUGGUCACAAGCCUGGUGAGACCGUUAUCUGCACCGGCAAGAUCAAGCACGUCGGCAGCACUUACACCAAGGAGUUCAAGUAUCUGGCCAGCGUUGUUCCUCCCGAGGAGGUCAAGAACCUUAAGAUCACCCUUGCUGCUCCUAACUGGUACCACUUGCGGUACAAGGAGGGCAAGGCCUACCCCAAGGACGUGUACAGCUCCGAUGAGGAUUACUUCGGUGACAUCGCCAAGGCGGUUCAGGCUGAGCUGCAGGAGCUGUAUGAUGUUGGCUGCAGGAACGUCCAGUUCGACGACCCCAACCUUGCUUACUUCUGCUCUGAGAAGAUGCUUGCUGGCUGGAAGGAGGACCCUCUGAACGUUCGCUCCGCCGAUGAGACCUUCGAGCAGUACAUCAAGCUGUACAACGACAGCAUUUCUAAGCGCCCUGCCGAUAUGCACAUCGGUGUGCACCUUUGCCGUGGUAACUUCGUUGGCAGCCGUCACUUCUCCGAGGGUGGCUACGACCGCAUUGCCACCAAGCUCUUCAAGGAGCUCAACGUUGACACCUACUACCUCGAGUAUGACACCCCUCGUGCUGGUGGCUUCGAGCCCCUGAAGGAGCUCCCUACCCACAAGAACGUCAUCUUGGGUGUCGUUACCAGCAAGUUCGCUGCCCUCGAGGACAAGGAGGAGAUGAAGAAGCGUGUCUAUGACGCUGCCAAGUUCAUCGCUGAGGGCAACAACAUCUCUCUCGAGGAAGCCCUCAACCAGGUCGGUGUCAGCCCCCAGUGUGGCUUUGCCAGUCACCGUGAGGGUAACGCCAUUGACCGUGAUGGCAUGAUCGCCAAGCUGAAGCUUGUGCGCGAGAUCGCCAACGAUAUCUGGCCCGGCCAGCUGUAA